UAUACGGAUCUUAGUAGGGAAAAAUUUUUGGAAUUGGUUGAUCUUUGUUUUGAUGGUGGUUAUUUUGUUUAUGAAGGAAAAUUUUAUAUACAAUUGGAUGGCACUGCUAUGGGUGCACCGGCAAGCCCAUCAUUUGCUAACUUGAUUAUGGAAGAAAUCUUUUGUUAUGUUGUUGAAACACUUAAAUUUUAUAUCCCGCUCAUUAAGUUCUUUGUAGAUGAUACAUUAUUGUUGGUACCAUAUGACAAAAUACAGUACAUUUUAGAUGUUUUCAACUCUUACCAUCAAAAGAUACAAUUCACGAUUGAAGUGGAGAAAGAUAACAGUUUGCCUUUUUUGGAUUUGUUGAUAAUUAGAGAAAACUCUAGUAUUAUUACUGACUGGUACACUAAAGCAAUAAGCACUAACAGAUGCAUAAAUUUUUACAGCAGUCAUAGCAUGCAACAAAAAACUAAUAUAAUGGAGAAUUUAAUUAAAAGAGCUUUAAAACUGAGCAACAAAAAGUUUCAUAGGAAGAACUUAGAUAAAGUUGAAAAUAUUUUGAAGCAGAAUAACUAUCCUACAUACUUAGUCAAAAGAAUAAUAAAUAAACACACGUCCAACCGAAGUCAUAUAGUUAAUGUUCCUUCUAACUCGUCUAUUUCUUCCUACUUUAGGUUUCCGUACUUACCUGGUCUUUCUCACAGAAUAAAUAAAAUAUUUAAGGAGUUGAAUGUCAAGUGUGCCUUUUACAACUUAUUCACCACAAAGAGAUUUUUCACAAAUUUGAAAUUUAAAACACCUUAUAAUUUAGAAUCAGGAGUAGUAUAUAAGAUACCCUGUGCUAAUUGUAACAAGUGUUACAUUGGCCAAACAAAACAGUAUUUACGCGAUAGGAUGAAACAACAUAAAUAUGAUAGUGAAAAUAUUGCAAAUUUUAACAAAACUGCUUUAACUUUACAUCAAAUGACUACGGGCCAUAAAUUUAAUUUUGAAGAUGUAAAAAUUCUUGAUAGAGAAGAGGUUGGUUAUAGACGUAAUAUAAGCGAGAUGAUACACAUAAAAAGAAAUUAUACCGUCAAUCAUAGAGAAGAUGUGCAACACCUAAGCAUGAUCUAUAAUAAUAUACUUAGAAAGUAAUAAGUAAUGGCUGGCCUCGUCAAUAGUGUUAAGACCAUUCCUGAUCAAUAUUUUGUAACCUUAUGUUGAUGUCAUUAUCAUAAAUAUAGAAACGGAUAAAGUGAUGGGAUUGUAUGUCUGCUCUCCAGGAGAUUUUGAUUUCUUUGUUGAAUCCUAAUGUUUUUAAAAAGCGUACAAUAUUGUUCUCGUAACUAGCCUUGAAAAAGAAACGAUUUGUUUCGAAACGUCGGCAUUGUUACACAGUGAACAAUAGAUAAUAAACAGUGUCCAACACU